CAGGAGCUUUUAAGUCGAUCUAAUACUCAUUGAAACAUGGCUCAAGAAUCAGACGCUCCGCAGCUCAAGGCGCGGAAUCUCCUACUCCUCGGUGCAAGCGGCCUCAUUGGUUCCAGGAUUCUAAAUGCCGUGGUUGCGGCAAGGUCGAACUUUGAGUCUAUCGCGGUGUUUACCUCCGCAUCGAAUCUCGAAAAGAAACCAGGAUUAUUCGAACCUCUUAAGGCUCAAGGCAUUCGUAUCAUUACUGGCGAUGUCAACAGUGAAAAUGAUGUCCGUGCUGCUUAUCAAGGUGUUGACACUGUCGUGAGUGCGCUUGGCCGUGAUGUUCUCGCCUCCCAGAUUCCUCUAAUUCACCUUGCCGCCUCCCCUUCUUCGUCCGUAAAAUGGUUUUUCCCAUCAGAAUACGGGACGGACAUUGAGUACUCACCAGCCUCUGCGCAUGAGAAGCCCCACCAGCAGAAACUCAAAGUGAGGGCAGCAUUAAACGAAGUGAAAGAUAGAUUAGUACAUACGUAUGUCGUCACCGGCCCAUUCUCUGACCUCUAUCUGGGCCCGGGAUUGCCGGACAUCAGGGGUGGAGCAUUCAGGGUGAAAGAGAGAAGAGCGGAUUUGCUAGGCGACGGCAAUGGUAGCAUCAGCCUGACAACCAUGGAUGAUGUUGGUAAGCUCGUGGUCGCUGCGCUCCUCCACCCAACGGCAGCCAGAAACCGUGCGCUGAAGGUCAACUCUUUCACCACGACACCUGCGGAAAUUCUUCAUGAAUUCGAGCGCCAAACCGGUGGCCAGGGAUGGGAUAACGUUACAUAUACUCCGCUUGAUGAGCUACGCAAGUUAGAAGAGGAUGCUUGGAAGAAUGGUCCGCCUGGCAGGGCUACUGUCCUGACUUUGAGGCGCAUUUGGACAGAAGGAGGAACGCUAUACGAGAAGAGGGAUAACGAAAUUAUCGGGGAACCACAAAUGGCGACACUGGAGCAAGCUGUGAGCCAAGCCAUCAAGGAGCAGGAGUAGGUUAGACGGUCAAAGUAGAUGCUCGUUUUCGAUGACCACU